AUGGCUCGGCUGAGCUACCGCAUGUCGAGUGCCUCCUCCCUCAGUGGUGACAAUGCCGCAGCUGCUUCGUGGUUCGACUUGGCCUACAAGGCCCACGCCAAAGCCGCCUUUGCCUGGAGGCGCAAGGUGAAUGCCGAGUUUGGCUCAUACUCUCCAAAUGGACCAGAUGUCUACACGACCUGGCGGAGAAAGCGUGGAAUCGAGGACUACGCGUACGUUACGGGUAGCCGCACUAAGGAUCUCGCUUGCGGCUUCCGCGUUCCUUUCCCAGCCCCCCCGUGA